CGAUAUAGUAACUAAAUACGUUUCUAAAAGUCUACAUAUUCAGCUGAGAUCCACGACAGGGAGCUACAGAAACACUUAUUUCCACAAAUAUUUAAAAAUUAUUUUCUCAGCAUUUUCUCACUCUCCGCAUAUCUCAUUCUGUUGGAGGUAAAACAGGUUUCGUCAGCUGCUGAGGUGGUGAAGUACAAAUUUACAAUAAUCUGUAAAGUAAUCUGAUGCAGAAUAAUCACGAAUCUUCGGAAUCAUGAAACUUCCGGAAAUAUUCAAAUAUGUAUGGAUUACAGUCUUAGCAUUCAAAAGUGUUCUGUUUUGCUGUCUAUACGCCAGUGUCUUAGCUAUAAUUCCUAUCAGUAUACCAGGAAAGGUAGCUAAAGCAUCCUAUGUGUUACUUCUUAUGACUGGUUUAUGGGUGACUGAAGCUAUUCCAAUUUAUGUAACAGCAUUGAUUCCACUAGUCUUUGGACCAUUACUUGGAAUUGCACCUGCAUCAGUCAUUUCACCAUCCUACACUAAGGACACAAAUAUUCUAUUUUUCGGUGGUUUAAUGGUAGCUUGUGCAAUAGAAAAUAAUUAUAUUCAUAAACGAAUUGCAAUCUCAAUCCUCAAACUAGUUGGUAGUGAUCCAAAAAUGUUAAUGCUUGGCUUCAUGCUUCCAAGUUGGUUUCUGUCAAUGUGGAUGAGUAAUACUGCUACUGCAGCAAUGAUGAUAACAAUUGUGGAUGCAUUGCUAACAGAUUUUCUGAAAAUGGAAGAAGAAGAGGACUAUGCUGAAUAUAAUGACAACAAUGAUUUCAUACAAGAUACUCAAAAAUCGCUGAACAGAAGUCUAUGUAAUUGUCGACAACUAAUCAUACAAAUCGAUGACAAUCAACAAGAAUUACCACCAGUUACGAAAGAAAAGAAUUUAAAGCGUACAAAAAGAAUGAAUAUUGGCUUCAGCCUCAGUAUUGCUUAUGCCUGUUCAAUUGGUGGUAUAGCUACAACAAUCGGAACACCAGCAAACUCUAUUCUUCAAGGACAAGUUUACAAUCGCUAUGGCCCUUCAACAGGAUUGUAUUUUGGGACGUGGAUGGCUUAUGCUUUCCCACUUUCAGUUUUCAUGCUCCUGUUCACCUGGUUCUGGCUAAGUUUCCUAUUUAUUGGUCCCAAGCAGUGUUUCACCUUCAAACAGUCAGAGAAAAGACGAAAAUUAUUGGCUCGUUUAUUAACAGAAGAAGAACAAAAACUUGGACCAAUUAAAUAUUGUGAAGUACUAUCUGCAUCCCUUUUUUUAAUUCUUACACUAUUAUGGAUGACACGAAAUUUGGGUUCAACAGGAUGGGGAAAAUGGUUCAUAGAUCCAUCUAAUCCAAAAUCAGCAACUUACAUAACAGACAGUGCUGCAGCGAUCCUUAUGACUAUAAUAGUGAUGAUUACACCUGCAGCCAAUCCAAUAACACUGUGGAAACACUGGAAGCACUGUUAUGAAACUAAAAGUGAACCAAAUGUCGAAAUAACCCGUACACUUCUUCCUUGGAAUGUGGCGUUACAGAAAUUCCCUUGGGGUGUAAUUUUGGUGGUUGGUGGAGGCUUUGCACUAGCAACUAUAAUGGAGAGCUCUGGUUUGACAACUGCAGUUGGAGCUUAUCUUGGAGAACGCCUGAAAUAUAUCCCGGUGACCCUUCUCAACAUAGUUUGUGCACUUACAACCGCAGCUAUGACUGAGUUUGCUUCCAAUUCAGCGACAGCCUCAAUCAUCUUACCGAUUGUAUAUGGAUUGUGUGAAGGACUUGGAAUUCAUCCGUUUCUGAUAGCAUUCCCUACAACCGUAGCAACCUCCUUUUCAUUUGCACUCCCAGCUGCAACUCCGCCUAACACAAUUGUUUUUGCCAAAGGUAGAGUUAGAGUCAAACAUAUGAUAAUGGCAGGAAUCCCUAUGAAUAUUGUCGGCAGUUUUGCUGCAAUUGGUGCAGUAUCCAGUUAUACUGUGCCACUGUUUGGACUGAACAGUGUACCCAGUUGGGUGAAUGAUGUGAAAAACAAAACAACAAUAAAGUAGACAAAUAUAUGGAGACUAUCAUACACUGGUGCUUUUUCCUCUAAACGCGUUUUAGCACUUUAAAACGUUAUGCAAUUCUUUCUCAUCGGUAAACUUCAACAAAG